AUGGAAGGAGGCAGGGAUCCUUUCUUUGGUUUUGGUAAACCUUUUGGUAAUUUUGGUGGAUUUGGAGGUCAAAGAAGCCUAAUGUCAAGCUUUUUCGGCGGGAGAGACCCAUUCGAUGACCCCUUCUUCACAAGCCCAUUUGGCAACAUGUUUGAGUCAAGCUUAUUUGGUUCCACUGGUAGUCCAUUUAUGGAUUCACGUGCUCCUGGAUUUCUUGAACAUCAGUCCCCACACCCCAAUAGAUCUAGGGGACCAAUUAUUGAAGAGUUGAACUCUGAUGAUGAAAAUGAAGGAAAAGAAAGCGGAAAGGACAAAAAGGAUAAUCCAAGAAAGCAUGGAAGGUCUAGCAUAGAGCCUCUCAUUGAGGAUCCAGAUGAUGAAGCAUCUGAGAGAAAAAGUAAGCAAAUGACUCCUAGAAAUGAUAUUUACCAGAUGCAAAAUGUAAGGCCGCGGCCCCAAACAAGCAGCUUCAGUUUCCAUAGCUCCACUACUACUUAUGGUGGUGCAAAUGGUGCAUAUUACUCUUCAUCUAGAACAAGGAGGACGGGUAGUGAUGGAUUAACAAUGGAAGAGCGCAAAGAAGCCAAUUCAUCUACAGGUCAAGCAUCUCAUAUGCUGUCAAGAGGGAUACAUGAGAAGGGUCAUUCUGUGACACGAAAACUGAAUUCAGAUGGUAGGGUAGACGCAAUGCAAACCCUUCAUAAUCUUAACGAAGAUGAACUUGUCAGUUUUGAGGAAGCCUGGAAUGGAAAAGCUAGACAACAUCCUGGCUUGAGCCAAGGAUUCAAUUUGCAAAGUGUUAUGGGAUCUGGAAGCAGUGCUCAGCAUGGGCCAAACAGGGGAGGUUGGGCACUUCCUUCGACUCAAACCUCAAACUACAUAGGGAGCACAAAUCCAAACAUGGGAGAUGGGGUGGGUCCAUCUCGUUCACAACAGUCGGGAAGGAUGAAGGCAGAUAUUGGUUCAUCACGGGGUAGAUCAAGAGUUCGUGAUGCCAAUGGUGUAGAUCCAGCAAUGCGGAGUUAG